AUGUCUGGAAAGCUUGACAAGUCCCUUGAUGAGAUUCUCAGCACCCGCCGCCAGGCGCGUCGCACCAACCAGCGACGCCCAGCCGCAAAGGCUGCAAAGGCUGCUCCUGUUGGAGGAGUCAGGAAAUCCACCAGACAAGCCAAACCUACUUCUAAAGCCAUACCUGCUGGGCCUGCCGUGGGAUCAGGAGAGGGUAAAAUCAUCGUGAGCGGCCUGGUAAGUCAAACUUCACUGUCUUGCUUCACCCACGCCAGUCUUGCGUCCUCAUUCGAAAAUCCCGCCGAUGUGAAUGAAGCGAAUAUCAAGGUAUGUUGA